AUGGCUCCAUCUACUGACACGCCAACCGAUUUGCACCGUGCCGCCGUUGCCUGUCUCCUGUGUCGCAAAGCAAAGGUCCGUUGCCUUGUUUCACAGCGACUCGAUAGGUGUGACCGUUGCAUAUCAAAUGACUCUGAAUGUGUUUUUGCUCAACCGAAGAGGGCCAGAGUGAGGGUUCCGCCGUACCAGUAUCGCCCGAGGCGAGAUUUGAAGCCUACCCCAGAUUCCGACCAGCAUUCUGUCGAGGGACAUACAUACGAUACACACUUCACUGAGCCUUCACCGUUGGCCCCUACCAGUGAAUCGAUUUCUGCACGUCGACAUUCCACAUGUCCGAGUCAAGGGGCCACCACCUUCGAUGAUUGCCUACCGCCGUGGUCGCCGCAAACCCAAAUACCAAUUAUUACCGAUGCAAUCCGUGCGAGAAUCAUCGCAGCGUUGGCUACCCUCAAAGGCAAAAGGGGCGCGCCUUUCAGCUUUGUUAGCGCGGGUGAUAGUCCCUCGUUUAUUGAUUGUUCGUCUCGCAAUGUUCAUGUUCUGCGUAAACAAUCUUUCGAGCAGCCACAAACCACAACACUCUCCUUGAAGCUGUCGUCACUCUUGCGGCCGCUGAAAAUUGAUCCCAAUCGGGAAAGCUAUGAUGAUGGCCGACGGCCUGGUGGCGUGGUCAAAAUGCCUUCAUACCUCUCAUCCAUGACGCUCGGUCAAACUGUCACAGACCCGAUCGAAGCGGGCAUGAUCAGCCGUCAGGCUUCAAUGGCAUUAUUCGAGCACUUUAUGGUGCAGAUGAACGCCAAGUGGGAAUACAUACUGGAUCCUCACGUCGACACCCAUAGCGAUGUUCAACGACGGAGCCCGUUGCUAUUCGCCUCGGUGCUCUUCUGCUCUUCCAAGUUCUGCAACUACAUUGAUGGUCGUAUAGACUCAGAGCCAGACCCUUUUUUAGAGACCCGACUCUGUAGUCUGGCCCGAAACCUUGUUAUCAAGACCAUGGCGGAGGGUGAUAGGUCCACCGAGACGAUGCAAGCCUUCUAUUUGUUGGCUUGCUGGAAAGAUGCGGACGAUGACAUAUCGUAUCUGCAUAGUGGAUACGCCUUUGGCAUUCUCCGUGACAUAGACUUGAAGUCAAUUUAUGGCGACGGUGAAUACAUAGCAAGACGCAGAAGGACAUGGCUGGCCUUAUUUCGACAGGACCGACAACAGAGUUUGUUCUUUGUGCGAAGGGCAGCACUAAACCAUGGUGAUGACGAUAUGUCUUUCCUUUGUGACCUCGAUACAUGGUUAAAGAUGCCAUAUGUGUUACCGUCGGACUUUGUUGCAUGCUGUAGCGCUGAUUUGAGGCGCAUACAGUCGAAACUAUGCAAUUCUGUCCAGAAGGCCUCUUCCAUGAUGCUGCCAUGCCUACUAGAGCAGAUGGACGCAGAGCUGAUUGCAUGGAAGUCGAGGUGGAAGCACUACCUCGUAGGCGAGGGCAGAAUGCACAUAGAUGAAGAUUCAUCCCUGGAUCCCACAUUCUUGCAUCCUGGGAAAUACCAUCUCACUGCGCUUGCCAACCUGUGGGAACAUAGCGUCAGACUUCAUGUCGCUUCUGCAAUACUUCGGCAAGCUUUGAUGGCUUCAGUGACAUCAUCUCUGGACACGAACUACCAGGCGGACAGGGCCUCGUGGAACAUUGAUCUCUCCAUGAUGCAACAAGUUCUGUCCCCUAAUCUUCCAGGGCUCAGUAGCAGUAUCGAAGGCGCAUUCGGUACCCUGCACAACUUGAUCAACUUCCCUCCGGAUGAUUUGAGACGCGCACCGGAUACCAUUCUUCUACUGGGACCAAAUGCUGCUCUGUUCUUGUGUUUACUCCUCUGUCUACCAGGAAAUGGUAUCCUUGGUGCAGCCUUCCAAAGAAAGGCAGUCGACCUCAUUCGGGGCAUUGCUGAACACAUGAAGCAAUGCGUGCAAUCACCGCAAGAUACCGUAGCUCUUCAGUUCACAUACCUAGACUCGCUAGUGGGGCUUCUUGGCCCAUCUGUGUCAAGAUGCCCAACUGAACAACAAAUUACCAGACAACAGCCAGCUUUUCACAUGCCGCAUACACAGUUCGAUACAGACGACUUGGAUAUUGAUAACCCAACCCGUCAAGCAGCCCAAAUUAUGGGAAACGAGAUUGGAGGACAUGGCUUGAGCUCGAGUCAGCCUGAUUCCACGCUUGGUCUUUCGAGCGAAGUUUGUCAGAACCUACAUAUGCAAAGCCUGACUAACUUGCUAGAUGGCAACCUCUUUUGGGAGAUGCUAGCAGAAGGAACAGAAAUGAACAUUAGCUCUUAG